UCUUCUUACUUAUGGACACCAAUGGAAUUCCGGGAGGAUUGUUUCCGGGCAUGGCUUCUGGAAUGCUGGGUUUGGAGAUGCCUCUGCACCAACAACAACACAAGCACCAGCAGAUGGUGAACUUCCCUACUCACGACACUGACCACCACUCGCAAUCUCCACAAACAGCAGUGAAACAACAAGUCUAUCCUUACAACACCAAAGGCAAGCAACAGCAGCAAACGACAUGGAGUGAUGAAGACGAACCUGGGUUCGCCGGAGAAGCAGGUGGCGGAGACGCCAAGAAGCGAACGUCUCCUUGGCACAGGAUGAAAUGGACUGAUAAUAUGGUGAAGCUACUCAUCAUGGUCGUUUUCUACAUAGGCGAUGAUGGUGGUGGCGAAGUCACCGACCCUUCUACCAACGGCAAGAAGAAAUCUGGUGGGUUGUUGCAGAAGAAAGGCAAGUGGAAAUCGGUAUCUCGAGCGAUGAUGGAAAAGGGUUUCUAUGUUUCUCCACAGCAGUGUGAAGAUAAGUUCAAUGACCUCAACAAGAGGUACAAGAGGGUUAACGAUAUUCUCGGAAAGGGAACGGCUUGUAAGGUUGUGGAAAACCAAAGCUUACUAGACACAAUGGAAAAUCUCUCCCUCAAGAUGAAGGAAGAGGUGAGGAAAUUACUCAAUUCAAAGCACCUCUUUUUCAGGGAGAUGUGCGCCUACCAUAAUAGCUGCGCCGGCGGUGGUGGAGCUGGCGCCGCCGCCGCCGCUGCUUGCCAUCAGUCCGCCGAGGUUUCCGUGGACUCUACCCACCAUUCACCGAAUCAGCGUUGCCUCCAUUCCUCUGAAAAUAACAGUGUUCUUGCUGGUUCAAGAAGUGGGGCUGAUACACAGGGAUUGAAGGUGGAUAGGGGAGGAAUCCGAGAAGAGGAAGGAGAUGAUGAAGAUGAAGACGACGGCGAUGAUGACGACGAUGAUGAUGAUGACGAUGAAGAGGAAGAAGAGAUGGAGAACGGUAGAGGUCAGAAGAGUCACAACGAGUACAGAGGAGGGGAAGAAGAGGAGUUGGGAUCCAAGAAGAGGGCGAGAAGGGGAAUGUUGAUGUUGUCUUCUUCUACUUCUCCUCCACCUUCAUCUCCGACUUCGUUGUCUCCUGCAAUGCAGCAACUGAGUUCGGAAUUGAUGAGUGUGGUUCAAGAUGGGACGAAGAGCAAAUGGGAACAGAGGCAGUGGGUGAGGAGCAAAUCGUUGCAAUUGGAAGAACAGAAAGUGAGCUACCAGUACGAAGCGUUCGAGCUGGAGAAGCAGCGAUUGAAAUGGAUCAAAUUUAGUGGGAAAAAGGAGAGGGAGAUGGAGAGAAUGAAGCUCGAGAACGAGAGAAUGAGGCUUGAAAAUGAGAAAAUGGUUCUUCUCCUUCGACACAAAGAACUCGAAUUAAUUGAUCUUCAGCAACACCAACUAUCAUCUAACAGAAGACCCGACCCAUCUUCCAUCACUGGAUGAUUUCUAUUUUUUCU